AUGCCUCCCAAGAAAGCAACCGGCGCGUCCAAGAAGGCCGCCCCAACGGCUCACUCUUCCUAUCGUGUAUCUCCUGAGUCGCGAACGUCUGCUGAUUCCAUCCAUAUAGAUAUGAUCAAGGACGCCAUCGUCAACCUCAAGGAGCGCAACGGUAGCAGCCGCCAGGCCAUCAAGAAGUAUGUGACCGCGAACAACAAGCUCAACGUCGCGUCGCAGGCCACUUUCGAUGCCCAGUUCAACAAGGCCAUCAAGGCCGGUGUUGAGAAGGGCGAAUUCACCCAGCCCAAGGGUCCCUCUGGUCCCGUGAAGCUGGCGAAGAAGGACACCGCCGCCAAGCCGGCCGCGAAGCCCGCUGCAAAGGCCACUGCCAAGUCGACCACCAAGACUACUGCCAAGAAGCCUGCUGCCAAGGCCACCGCCACCAAGAAGGCUGCUCCCAAGAAGACCGCGGCUAAGGCCGGCACCAAGAAGACGACCACCAAGAAGACCACCGCCAGCAAGGCCAAGGCCAACACUGGCAAGGCGCGCAAGACCUCGACUGCCGCUCCCGCCGUCGUCGAGCAGCCCAAGGUUCUCGGCAAGACCAAGUCCGGCCGCGUGACCAAGACCACGGCUCCGGCGCCCUCGCGCGCGCGGGCCGCGCCCAAGAAGCGGACCACCAAGAAAUAG